AUGCACCUAAUGGAACCCCUGGACUCAAACCCAACAUUGAAACGUGCUUCUCAACCAACACUUUGGAAUACUGAUCUGCACAUGGGAAACAUCUACGUCGACCCCGAGGAAUGCUCCAAAAUAGUAUCUCUCAUUGAUUUCCAGUCCAUAAUGGUACUACCAGCAUUUCUUCAGGCCCAGUGGCCAGUCUUUCUCAAGCCUCCCCAAGGCUACGACUAUGUGAAGGGCCUAGUCCAGUCCAGUCAAAGGCUGCCCGACGACUUUGACUCCCUCGACGAAGAAUGCAAAUCCGCUGCUCUGCAACAAUGGGAUCAGGCAAAGUUAGCAAAGGCCUACGAGGUAUCCAACUACCUGGAGGACAGAGCGGCACAUAAUGCGAUGAAUAUCCCUCGUCUUUAG